GUGACAUUGUUCAAAACAGGGUUUGGGAGUGACUGUUUAUCUAAACUCUGCAUCAAUGGACUCAAGAACAAUGUUUGUCUUAUUAUGGAUGUUGCUGUCAUCUCCCUCCUCUGGAAUCAAACUAGAUGGAAAUGGCUAUGUUGACAUUAUCAUUGCAAUCAGUUCAAGAGUACCACAGGAUAACACGCUCAUUGAUAAAAUCAAGGACAUGGUCACUGAAGGGUCGCUUUAUCUUUAUGAAGCAUUGGAUAAGAAGGUCUAUUUCAAAGAAGCUACAAUUCUUGUCCCACCUCAGUGGAAUAGUAAGGCUUUUACCAAGGCAAGAACAGAGUCCUAUGGAAAGGCCAAAAUAAUAAUUGAUAAUGCUAAUCCAGCAUACCGCGAUGAACCCUACACUAAUCAGUAUGGAGAAUGUGGAGCUGAGGGUCAGUACAUUCAUUUCACCCCAAACUUCUUCCGAGACACCACACUCAUUAAGCCAUAUGGGUCAAAAGGAAGGGUCUUUGUGCAUGAAUGGGCUCAUCUGAGAUGGGGUGUGUAUGAUGAAUACAGUGAAGAAAAGCCAUUCUACUACUCUAAAGGCAAUAUUGAAGCUACAAGGUGUAGCAAAAAUAUUGAUGGUCAGCUUUCUGAUAUUACUACUGGAUCUCCAUGCCGCACUGAUCCACAAACCUCACUACCGACUAAGAGUUGCAAGUUUUUUCCUAACAAAAAUCAAAACACACAAAGUUCCAUAAUGUUCACACCUAGCCUGGAUUCUGUAAGUAUAGAUUUUACAUGUUCUAGAAAAUGUCACAGUUGGUAA